AUGUAUCGCGUGGUGGACGGCGCACAGCGCGUAGAGCUGCUAGACGCAUCUGCAGAAGCUUCCUACUUCAAUGCAAACACAGACACUGAUAAUCACAUUCACCCCACUCACAGUAGCUCGUUACUGUCGUGCCCCGUAGUCCAAUACUCAGAGAAAACCAGGUUCAUUCUACCGAGCGAGAGCGACCCACCCGACGUUGUGGUCCACUCGGACGUGUGUGCAGUCGCUCUCCAUCUGUCAGUCCUCCGACAGCGCUGUCCGUGGUUUUACAAGCAGCUGCGGCAGCUCCGGCAGUCGCCACUUACGACAAAUGGAUUCAAGUUACUGGAUGAGACAGAGCUUCAGCACCUUCAGGACAAUCCGAAGGACCGAACCCAGUGUCCAUUACACGAUCCUCAUUCCUUGAGGUUGGACUACGUCCGUUGUGUAGCUCAUAAAUGCCAGAUUGGGUCUAAUGGGGACGACAGGAGAAGAGGAAGGUUUUGCCAGCAGGACCAAGCUGUUGUACGGUCGCCGCAGAGGAAACGACUGCGUCAGAUGGACGACAAGUCACUGUUAAGUGGACAAUGUGCCGCUCUAACGUCGCAACGUGCACGGAGUUUGUCCGGUACCCUCGAUUUUGUACCAAAAAUUGGACAGGAAGAAGAACUGGAGCAUCAGCGAGGCGUGAUGCACGUUAAGAUUGAAGGGACGAACAUUGGCGCUGUCGUGACGGCUGUCGAGUAUAUUUACAGGUGCCAGGUGAGAAUGAUCAAUGAGCGUAACGCUAUGGAGGCUGUGAAGCUGGGGCAAAAGCUAGGCUUGGGAAGCACGAUGCUGUACUACCCUCUGGCUAUUGCUGUUCAACACGUUACGACAGCGACGUGGAUCGAUAUGCUGUUAACAGUGUCAAUAUUGGAAAACGAGAUAGAGCGCCGGAUCUUGUGUGGCCAUUUGGUAGCUUUUCUAGCGUCAAUGAAGCCUGAGCUGUAUUACCAAGCUUUGACAGAUAUGCAAUGUGUAUACAUCAGGGAAUUGAAGGACCGCGAUGUCCUCAUUUGCGCUCUGGUGGGCCUAAUCAAUAACAUCAGACUCGUUGAGUUCUGGCAAAAUUUACUAAAUGCGCUAAGUUAUUGGCUAGGCUAUCGGUUUUGUUCCGAAGAGGUGCCGUCUCUACGGGCUAUUCAUCGGCACUAUGCACCGGAGUGGGAACCGUAUAUGGAACGAGACCCCAUGGAUUUUCACGUUAAACCUGGAGAAGAAAAUCUUUUCACAUUGCUACAGUUUGGGAAGUACCAGCUCCAGGUACGGGUUGAUGUUAUGAACAAGAUGCCCAUUUCGUGGCGAGUCAUUCGAUCUUCGUCACCGCUAAUUUCUGAUCUACACAAAAUCGACGAUCCUGCGUCGUUCGAUGAUGGUCCCGGAUUUUGGAUACGUGGGCAAGUGAAAAUCGAGUAUUGGCGUGAGCAGCCGAACCAUGCGAUGAUCAAACAAGAGGUGGAACUUCAGUAUCAGCAUUGCUACGAGCAAUACAGUAAGUGGUGUGGGCUCGAGCCUCUAACUUCGAAAUUGGCCUCCACUGAAACGACUGCCGCACUUCAGCCUGGAUGUAUGGGGAAGGUGCAGUUUUGCGGCAACUUUUUUGUCUGGGGAAAUCCCGUUUGCAGUGUGUACCAUUUUUUACUACAAUCGACGCUCUUUUACUCGGCUCCGUACGGCUCACCGACCGAAAUCUCAGACCUGGUCAUUGUUUCUGAAAUGCAACGAUUGCCCCUCGAGACGCUGGAGCUUGUGCUGCGCAGCGACGGUUUGCGCAUUCCUGACGGAGAGCGGACUUUGCUACGAUGUCUUAACAAGCUUUUCUUUGGUAGCAACUUCAGCUACUGCGGGAGCUAUGCAACUCAAACUCGUCAGAAAUACAGUUGCUGCCCGGAAGACAUGGCCCGUUUGUACGGGUGUGUUCGCUGGUGCUUUGUGCCUAUCGAUGAUAUCAUUGGUACCCUGAGAAAGUCGCCUCGCAAACUGAUGCUAUACGAGUCGAUAGAGAAGGGGUUACGUGAUACUUUCCGUCGCUUUCUACGUCGACGUCCGUGGGGAUGGCGCAAUCGUCGACGCGCGUACAUGAAAAACAAAACAAAUGUGGUCGAGUUUAGGACCAAGGCCAGCGAGAACCAGCUGUCACCUGAAUAUUUCCCAGUGGUUCUCUCUGUCAGUUCGUAA